UCCACUCUCACCACCUUGACCUCCACGAGCACGGGGGCGACAGAGGCCACUUCGACCACCACGGAGACAACCACCACAGAGACAACAAGCACCACCAUGCCCACGUCCACCUCCACUCUCACCACCUUGACCUCCACGAGCACAGGGGCGACAGAGGACACUUCGACCACCACGGAGACAACAAGCACCACCGUGCCCACGUCCACCUCCACUCUCACCACCUUGACCUCCACGAGCACGGGGGCGACAGAGGACACUUUGACCACCACGGAGAUAACCACCACCACAACCACCACAGAGACAACAAGCACCACCGUGCCCACGCCCACCUCCACUCUCACCACCUUGACCUCCACGAGCACGGGGGCGACAGAGGACACUUCGACCACCACGGAGACGACCACCACGGAGACAACCACCACAGAGACUACCACCACCGUGCCCACAUCCACCUCCACUCUCACCACCUUGACCUCCAUGAGCACGGGGGCGACAGAGGACACUUCGACCACCACGGAGACAACAAGCACCACCGUGCCCACGUCCACC